AUGUUGUGUACCAAUGCCGAAAGACGCCAAAUCGAAACAGUUGAGAGACAGAAGGAAAUGCUCGAUAUCGGCGGGGUGGAAGACCAUCUCGACGACGUACCACCCUCCACACCCAAGAAAAUCCAACACCGCAGGACAACAAUUACUGCACGUGUCAAGACUUCUCUAAUCGAUAGAAGAGACCAAAAAGGAGCACGUAGUCUAGUGUCCCCUGGACUUUCGGGUUUUAUAUUAAAAUAUAUUUGGUGUAAUUCCACUUGGGCGGUGCAAUUGACUACGUGA